AGAACGGAAGGUGCACGCGGAGAGAACGAUGAGUCGGAGGCAGAGGGGUCCCUUCCCGGCUGGCGGAGAUUUCAACUCCUCGCCAGGGGAACUCGGGAAGAAGAAGCGUCUCAAGCGGGAGGUGCGCGCCGAGUUCUCUGCGGCUCUGAAGGAGCCUGUCCUGCAGGAGAAAGUCGUCGCCUCCUGGGCCCGUAAAGAAGCCCUUGAGCACGAGGCCAUUGUGCUGGAUCCUGUUCCCUUCUGCCACUGUGUCAUCCCAGACUUCAUCCAGAAUGAGAGUUUUGUCGAAGGACUGCAGAAGGAGCUGUUGAGCCUGGAUUUCCAUGAAAAGUGCAACGACUUGUACAAAUUCAAGCAGUCAGAUGACCUCCAGAAGAGAGAAGAGCCUCACAUUGCCUCUUUAAGGAAAGUCCUCUUUGACGAAUUCCGGGUCUGGCUUUCAGAUGUGGCCCAGGUGGAGCUGGAGCCAACCAUCGAUUUGUCCUGUGCCAAAUAUGAAUAUACAGAUGCCCUGCUCUGUCAUGACGAUGAACUGGAGGGGCGACGAAUUGCCUUCAUCCUCUACCUUGUGCCGCCGUGGGACAGGAGUGAUGGGGGCACUCUGGACCUGUUCAGUACAGAUGAUCACUUUCAGCCUCAGCAGAUCAUCAAGUCAUUGGUCCCUUUGUGGAACUCACUAGCCUUCUUUGAAGUGUCACCAGUCUCUUUCCACCAGGUGGCUGAAGUCCUUUCCAAGGACAAGUGUCGGUUGUCUGUGAGCGGCUGGUUUCACGGCCCUUCGGUUGCUAGGCCACCACGCCACGUCGAGCCACUCCUGCCACGGAGUCCCCACAUCCCUUUUGAUCAUGAAAUCUUGUAUCGCUGGAUCAAUCCAGUGUAUCUGGAGAUGGAUUCUCAGAGCCAAGUCCAAGAGGAGUUUGAGGAUCGGUCUGAGAUCUUGCUGAAGGAUUUUCUCAUGGGAGACAAAUUCCAGCUGGUCUGUGAGGCUCUGAAGAAGGGAGAACCCAAAUGGAACAGCAGGGGGCCCCCUAACAAAAGGUUUUAUGACAAAGCAGAAGAGGAGAGCCUGCCAGCCAUUUUGAAGGAAUGCAUGGAGCUGUUCCGCUCAGAGGCCUUCUUCCUGCUUCUUUCAAACUUCACAGGCUUGAAGCUGCAUUUCCUAGCUCCUGAGGAGGAGGAGGAAGAAAAAGAUGCAGCAGCUGCAGGAGGAGAUCUUUCCAGCUGCUCACAAGGGGAGAGCAGUCAAGAGGAAACCAAGAAGCAUAAUGGUGCAGGAGAGCCAUGGGGAAACUCUGAGAACAAUGGGUGCAAAAAUGGCUCAAGCAUCCCUCAGUGUGCUGGAGAGCUGAGACGCUGGACCAAAGGCUGCUACUCCCUAGUCCAUGAUGCCCAGACUACAGAGUUUGCCUUGGAUCUGCUGCUCUUCUGUGGAUGUGAAGGUUGGGAUGUGGAGUGGGGCGGCUUCACUUCGUACAUUGCAAAAGACGAAGAUGAAGAGCUGCUGACUGUGAACCCAGAGAACAACUGUUUAGCUCUGGUUUACAGAGACCAAGACACACUGAAAUUCGUGAAAUACAUCAACCACCGCAGCUUGAACCAGACAGCAACACAAGCUGAGACAACUGGAUUCUGGGAUUUCUGCUUUGUUUACUAUGAAUAACUGAUAGUAAAGGGUCAUCCUUCAGAAGAAGAAAACUUGUGUUUUGGACUGGACCCCCUGCUGAAGAGAAAACAGUGGCAGUAGCUUCUGCUACAAGUUGAAAGAAGUGUCUAGGCUCUUACACAAUCUUCCCUUUCUUCUGUUCUCCUGUUAAUUCUGUGGCCUUCGGCAAACAACCCACAGUGUCCAAACUGUAUGUACUACUAAAUCAACUUUGGCUGCAGGCUCCCUAGUUCUUGCCCGGCUUCAGAUCAGGCUUGCAUCUGAAUAUCCUAGGGAAAGCCAUGAAAGAAGGAUGGAGGGAAAUGGUUUCUGUCCUGGAGCAUCUUCCUUCAUGAAUGGAGAAGGAACUGCUCUGGUUAAAAUACUCCAAGGCCCCAGUCAC